UAUAGUUAGCCUCUCUCGCGUUCGUGACCAAGCUAAGCAAGAAAAGCUUCCUGCAUUAAUUUCACCGGUUCGUGUAGCUGGCUGCCCCACAUCAUGUUCCGAGCCGCCGUCCGACUCUCAGUCUCCGGUGUCCGGAGUUUAACCCGCACGCAACCACGGUGCCAAGCUGCUCUGACCUCAAGGUGUUAUUCACAUGGGAAACAAGAGACAGAUGAGGAGUUUGACGCCCGCUGGGUCACCUAUUUUAACAAGCCAGACAUUGACGCAUGGGAGCUGAGAAAAGGGAUGAACACACUGAUUGGUUAUGAUCUGGUACCUGAGCCAAAGAUUCUUGAGGCGGCACUGAAAGCCUGUCGGAGGUUAAACGACUUGGCCACUGCCAUCCGGAUUUUGGAAGCAGUGAAGGACAAAGCUGGCUCUCAUAAAGAAAUCUACCCGUAUCUAAUCCAAGAGCUAAAACCAACGUUAGAAGACCUUGGCAUCUCUACACCUGAGGACCUCGGCAUUGAUAAAGUGUAGAAUCUGACAACGAUCGGCAUCAUCAGGAUCCAGAACCCUUGUACUUUAAUGUUUGCCUCAUCUAAUAUGUGUGAUAUUUAAUUUGGCCUUUAUUGAGUUCUUUUGCUUGUAAAAUAUUGAUGAACCUAAUAAAGGAAAAUGUAUGGUUAUUGAGAGUCACAAGUAUUUUGGGAUAAUUGGAAUUCUUUGAGUACUUAAGGGAGAGCUAGAGCAGAGUGUUGCAUGUUAUCUGAGUGUGUGGUCCUUCUUGUGUGAGCCACUUUUCGCCACAAGGGAGCAGCGUUUUCAUGUGAAUGUAAAAGACAUUCUUGUGGUUGCAAUCUUCAUUACAUCUGUUUUCAUUUCAGGGACAAUUUUCAUGCUGAUUCAAUAAACUUUUACAAUUGUGAA